CUUGUUAAUGUGAUAUUAUGGCGGUGAAUCUGGAUAAAGAGGCGUUUUACCGCCGCAUCAAGCGACUCUACGGGAACUGGAAGAAAGGAGAAGGUGAGUUCGGGAAGGUGGACGCCAUCGUGGUUUCUGUCGGAGUCGAUGAGGAGAUCGUCUACGCCAAGUCUACAGCCCUUCAGACGUGGCUGUUUGGGUACGAGCUCACCGACACCAUCAUGCUGUUUUGCGAGACCAGGAUCAUUUUUCUGGCCAGUAAGAAGAAGGUGGAGUUCCUGAAGCAGGUCGCCGUCACGAAAGGCAACGAGAACGCAAACGGGAUUCCUGCGAUCACGCUGCUCGUCCGGGAAAAGAACGAGAGCAACAAGGUGAACUUCGAGAAGAUGAUGGAAGCCGUCCGAGGAAGUAGAGACGGCAAGACGGUCGGCGUGUUCAUGAAGGACAAGUUCCCGGGAGAGUACAUGAAGAGCUGGAGCGACAUGAUCACGGCCGAGGGCCUGCAGAGGGUGGACGUCAGCACGGCGGUGGCCUACACGAUGGCCGUGAAGGAGGACGGAGAGCUGGCGCUCAUGAAGAAGGCGGCUGCCGUCACCAGCGACGUCUUCACCAAGUUCUUCAAGGAGCGAGUGAUGGAGAUCGUGGACGCCGACGAGAAAGUCAAGCACAGUCGUCUGGCCGAGUCGGUGGAGAAGGCCAUCGAGGACCGGAAGUUUCUGGGCGGCGUGGACCCGUCGACGGUGGAGAUGUGCUACCCUCCCAUCAUUCAGAGCGGCGGCAGCUACAGCCUGAAGUUCAGCGUGGUCAGCGAUAAGAACCACAUGCACUUCGGCGCGAUUACCUGA